CAAGAAGUAUUGCCUCAUAUUUGGCUCGGUGGCUAUAAGGCAUUAGAAUCUAUCCAUUUUCUGCAAAAGAACAAUAUUAAAUACAUUCUGACCCUGGGACAUUUCAAGCAUCGCUAUAAAUCACCAGAGUUUUCACAUAAGAUUAUACCAAUCAGCGAUAAUCCAGAAGCCAAUAUCAUACAACAUUUUCCAGAAACAGAAGCAUUCAUAGAUGAGGCACUUGCCAAAAACGAAAAUAUUUUAGUGCAUUGCUUAGCAGGUGUAUCUCGAAGCCCCACCAUACUGACAGCGUAUCUUAUGUCCAAGCGGAGAAUGAGGUGGAAAGCAGCACUGGCUUUAAUCAAGCAAAAAAGACCCUUUGUCUGUCCCAACCCAGGGUUUAUCAACCAGCUUCGA